GCGCCUACGUACCAGCACCUUGAGCUCAGGGAACUCGCCGUCGGCCUUGCGGUCGCUGACGCACGUCACGCCGCCGUCCCAGCUCAGCCAGACGCGGAAGCGGCCCGCCGUCUCGUCGGCCGUGAGGCGCACGAGCGUGACGGCGUGCAGCUCGGCGCCGCCGCUGGCCUUGGUGGGCGCGGCGUCGGUGCCGAUGCGCGGCGUGAAGGUGAGCAUCAGCUCUGUCUGCACCCACGCUGCACGGUGCAGCCAGCGACAGCGGUCGCAGAACUCGAUGAUGACGCUCGGCGACGGCCCGGCGGGCGUGAAGGGCGCGGUGAAGGGGUACGCUGGCAGGCCUGGCGGCGCUGCAGGUGCAGCAGACGACGCCGUGUCGAGCGGGCAAGUGGCGCAGUCCAUGGCUGUGGCAGAAUCGGGAGAUGAGGGUCGUGAGGAAGGUGCCAGGCUGUUGGCCGCGCGCCGCUCGUCGGUCUGGCGCGGCUGAAGUCGAAGCGCGACUCGUGCGUCCUCACCUCCACUUCUCCCGCUGCCGCGCCCAUGGCCACGCCCGGCCGCACCACGCCUCGCGCUCCGUGAUGCCGUCUCCGCAGCCGCCCACCACGCUGCCGCGCCUUCUCGACCGGCUGGUGCCGCCCAGCGUGCUCGAGGCGCGGCUGGCGUGGGGCCCGCGAGCCUGUGCGGCGCUCGAGGAGACGCGGGCGCACCUCGAAGAACGGCACGAGCCGCUGACGCGCGACGAGCGUGCUGCCGUCGCCCUGGCAGCUGCGCGCUUCCUCGGACCACGCCCGCCCGGAGCAGAAGGGUGGGAUGGGAGUGCCGCACGGACGAAUGCCACAGGUGAGGCGCUGAGUCAACGUCUGAAGGCGCCGGCGCGAGAGACGCUGCCAGACUUAGAGGCAGCGCCCGGCAGCCAGAUGGCGAUUUGUCUAGAUGCAGAUGUCUCGAAGACCCUCGAAGAUCAGGAGCCCGGGCAUCCGUUCCGCCCUCCUCGACUGCCAGAGGAGCUGCUGCGGCCGCUGCUCCUGCUGCUGCCCGCGCUGCUGCCGGCCCCGAGCGGCAUCUCGGCGAAUGCGCGCUACAAGCGCCCCGCUCCCGGCUCCGAGCGCCACCUUCCUCGAGACAAGGAGCCGAUCCACAUUGAUGGCGAAGCGCGCGCACCUUCGCUCGCCGCUGGUGCCGCCGUCUGGCUUGCUGUGCACGCGGCCGUGACGCUCUCCGCCGCCGCAUGGGACCUGCACGUGCCGAGCCUGCUCCCAGCGCUCCUCGCAGUCGUCUCCGAUCCGUCUCCCGCCACGCGGCUAGUCGGCCUGCACUGCUCUGCCGAGCUCCUUGUCGGGUCUCCGACGGCGCGCACAUACCUCUUGCGCUCGAAUCUGGCGGCGCUCUUCAACGAUCACUGCCAGACCUCGCUGACCUACUCUUCGGACCCGCUUGGACCUGCGUUGCUGUGCGCCGCGACUCGACUGAGCCUGCAUCUGCCGGACGCGACGUCCGAGGACUGCUGGCACCGAUGCGCCGGCCUGGCCGAUGCAAUCCUUCGCGCCUGCGCGUACUACGGCGCGGUGCCGCCCAUGGACGUGCCUCCGCAGGCGCCAGCAGGCUCUGAGCCGACGGACCUGCUCUGUGCUGCAUUCGACAGCUUCGUCACGCUGGCGCCGGUGCUCGGAAGCACGGGUACGGCGCGCACACUGCCGAUGGCGCUCGAGUUCUGCGCAGCGCACAUCGCCCUUGCGGCAGACACGGCCCAUAAGUCGCUGCAGCGGCGGCGGGCUCGCGCUGCCGUGUCCGCCUGCAGUGCGCUGCUCGACGCCAGCCGCAGUCCCACCGGUAUGCCGCCGGGCAUCGCGGCGUGGAGCGCACGCAUCCUCGCGAGCGUGGCCAAGGCGAGCGUCGGCGCAGCUGCUGAGGAUGCCGCAUGCCUGCGCGGCGCGUGGCAGGAGUGGUAUGCGGUGGCGCCACUCGAGACCCAAACGACGUUCGCACAGCUCGGAGACGUAGACCAGCAGCUGCGCGUGAUGCUGAUGGAUUGAGAUGCGCGCCAGUGCGUGGUAUCAGCGCCAGAAGCCCAGCACGCUACCGCCGA